UCAUUCCGCCCUCAAAAUCUCUUCAAUCUCUCUUCACAGCUCAUCCACACUCUGGAAAUAACACUUGCUUUUAGCGAGCGCUGUAUCAAAAAAACAGCGUUUAUCUCAUCUUUAGAGCGCUGCGAUAGCAGAGCACUUUGAACCUAAAACAUCGGCAUUUUAGCCGUGUUUCCGACUUGAUGUCUUCCGCUUAUAAGAAGCUCGCGUUGAUUUUGUUAUCUACAAUUAUUGCCUGCAGCGCGUGGACUUUGCUUUAAAUGACGGCUCAGAGAUUGCGCAUUCAUUCCGGCAGCAAGACAAACGAAGGCAGCUUGACUUUGAAAUCAGCCAUGGCCUGUCCUCCAUAUCCACCCGAAGUGUCCUAUGCACCUUUUCAGCAAAUGGUUCGCGAGACACCAAUUUCAAUGAUACCCUCGCAUCCUACUUCUUUACCGCCAGUAACUCACUGCAGGAAAAUGGACCCUCGAGCGAAUAUCCACGUGGCGUCUCCCUUCAUGCUUAACCCUAUGGCUAAUUUUGACAGCGAUCCCGGUAUGUCAGCACCACAUCACGGCUUGGGUUUUGCCAUAGACACGUCAAAACUGCGCGAGUUGGAGGAGUUCGCGACCCAAUUCAAACUCCGCCGCAUCAAGCUAGGUUUUACACAGACGAACGUUGGUGCAGCAUUGGCAACAGUCCACGGCACAGAUUUUAGCCAGACCACCAUCUGCCGCUUCGAGAAUCUUCAACUUAGCUUCAAGAACGCUUGUAAACUGAAGCCGAUUCUGGCGCGCUGGCUUGAAGAGGCCGAAUGUUCUGGAGGGGCGUGCGGUGAUAAAUUCAACGCUGAACGCCGCAGAAAAAGACGAACCACCAUCGGCCUGACUGCUAAAGAACAUCUUGAAGAUCAUUUUCUUAAACAACCAAAGCCUUCUUCCCAAGAAAUCGUCCGCAUUGCCGAGGGAUUGCGCCUGGAUAGAGAGGUCGUGCGAGUGUGGUUCUGUAACAGAAGGCAACGGGAGAAAAGAGUAAAGACGUCACUGAGCAUUCACGGCUUCCUCGGUUGUAAAAGCGACUCACUGGUGUGAGAACAUGAAGAAGACUGAAGCGAAUGCAAGUAAAUUACCUUAACUUCCUCCUUGAUUAAACAGGUUAUCAAUUUAAUAGGCAGUUAAGUAAAAUCGUUGUUUCUUCGAACCACUGCAAAUGAACUGUUGAAUUAUUAGAAUACAUCAAAAAGUGCCCAUUGUUGUACACAACAACUGACGGUUAAAAAAUAAAAAAUAACAUGAUCUAGCCACCUUACCUUAAAGAUCAUUCAUUGCGAGUAAAUAUUUCUUCAAUAAUUCUAAAAAUGGUCUAAAAAGGCGACGAAAACUAUGGUUUUCUAUGCAUAAUGUACAGAAGAGACGUCUUUUCAUAGACUCGAAAGAGCACUUUAUCAUUUAACUUGUUUAUAAGUCCAGUAUAUUAUUAAAAUGAAUAAACUGAAACAGUUUGCACGAUGCGAAAGACUCCCCAGGCUAGUAAAGUUGCCCUUAAAAGUGUUUAUCUUUACAUGUAUUCAGAAAUAAAAGGUAAACUAAAUCGA